AUGAAUAGCAUAUACGAGUAUCCAUAUUUAACGCGUGGUCAAUUUGAACUUGCGGCGAAAGCUUUUAUUGGACAGUCGAUCAAAGCUGGUGAGGAUAAACCUUGGACUUGGAUUGAACACGAGAAAUUAAAAAAUUUUGGAUAUCUAUCUCAAAAAUCCGUCGUGGUAAGACGUAUUGACACGAAAAAGGAAUCAAAGAGAAAUCAUGAGGGGAAGGCGGACUCUCUAAUUUCAAUUCAUGAGGAAGAUGUUGGAUUUGAGGAACUAGAUGAUCCAAGUGCGAUUCAUGCGUCAACAACAUCAUCAUUAGCACAAACCAUACAAUCUCCACAAAAUGAUAAUUCCUCGGAACAAGAUAAUAGCAUCGAUAAUAGUGCUUUGCGAUUAUCAAAUGAGGAUUGCUUGACAAUUGAUUAUAAUAUCCUUUAUUCUCCAACAUAUAAAGUGCCUGUUUUAUAUUUUAACGCGUAUAAUGCUGACGGUAGUAUAUUGAAUCUUGAUCAAUUGUAUACAACUCUCAUCGAGCCUUCGCGUCUUAACGAUUUACGAACUGCGGGAUUCAAUGGUGGAUUAUCACAACAAGAUCAUCCGACACUUCAGCUCCCCUUUUUUUUUCUGCAUCCAUGCGAAACUGCUACACUAAUGAGAACUAUUGCACUUGCUCCACCUUCAAUUACCAAUGAGUCCGAGUCUCAAGAGAUUAACAAUAAUGUGAAAGAGGAAUUUGCAGGAAUCAUACCGAUUGACGGGUAUUUAAGAAGUUGGCUGAGCUUAGUUGGUCCAGUUGUCGGUACAAAGGUUACGCCUGGUUACUUUAUAGAUUCUUGA